CGUCGGUACAACAGAUCUUACAUCUCUGUGCUGAGGGCUGAUGACAGACAGGAAGAGAAGCCUCCGAGCGGUUAUUAGCUAUGGCAUCCAUGAACUCGCCGGGUCCUAAUUCGCCUCCAUCAUCGCUGGGGAUUCACAUCACUGGACCAAACUACGCCUCGCUCACUCAGCGCACAAGCGAGGAUGACGAUGACUUCUCCGACUCAGAAAGAGAAGCCAGAUCACAGUCCAGACGCACCAUGGGCCCUAGUCACGGCAUCCCGAUGAUAUCGAUGAUAUCCCCGACUUCGCCUGGAAACAUCUACAGCAAGCAGUCACCACCAGAGGACAAAUCCUACUUCUCCCCCACCUUGUCUAUAGGUGCUCGAUCUCCGUUCGCCAGAAGACCCGACACGCUGUACUCAUUCGGAUCUAACACGGUGCGCCCACGAUCGGACUCCAUGACAGAACGACUCAUUGCGCAUAGAGCCAUGCAAUCGACGCAGUGGAAGGUGCAUUGGCGCACGCCCAUGCUGAUGACAUGUUCUUUCGUGACUGGCGUCAUGCUCGCCAUUGCACAGCACUUAUUGUACAAGCGCCUCCAUCACAUGGAGAUAGCAGACGAGGAGAAGAAAGUCCUCUAUGUGCUGUACGGCCGCGCACUUGCCUACCUAUGUAAAGUAGCGUUUGGCACAUGUGUGGUGCUGGUGUAUCGGCAGCGGAGCUGGAGGACGUUUCGCAGCCGGGCGCUCACGGUGUUGUCCAUCGACCACUUGUUUGAUGCCGUGGAAAAUCCGUCGCUGUUUGGGAACUGGGAGGUCCUUUCCAAUGCGCCGAUUGCUGUGAUGAUUGCUCUGGUAUUUUGGCUUAUUCCCGUGGCGACUAUCAUCUUCUCGCCUGGCGCGCUCACGUUUGGCACGUUUCUGGAUAGGGAGAUUGUGAACAUUUCGGUCCCCAAUCUGGACUUUAGUACCGAGUCGUGGAAGAAUUAUCGCGUACCUAAUGUUACCGCGGAUGGGAUGUCGCAGAGAGCAAUGAUCUUCUACAACACUACGGAUCCGGCAAAAGAACCUCACCGAGAAGGAUGGUUUGACUAUUACGACCAGCCCUCGGCCGAACUUAGCCGGGUUGCCAUCUUGCUGGCAUAUAACAGCAUGAGCCAUCCUAAUACAAUGCAAGGCGCUCGACAGGCCAUGUGCGGGGGUCCCUACAAUUGCACGUACGAGCAGACAUUCGUCGGACCCGGCUACCAAUGCGAAGAAGUUGCGAACGGCGUUAAUGAUGACAAGAAAUUGGCUGAACUCGGAGCGCCAUUCAAUACGAGUUUGCUUGUACCCGAAGGACGAUACAUCUACCACGCAAACAUCGACAUGGGCGAUUACAGCCGCCCGCAGAAAAACGUCACCUUCCAAAAGGGGCGAGCAGGCGUGCCGGACGGGCCUAUCCCAGACGAUCUAGGAGUGUUCAAAUCCGAGCCUGUGCUAUGGAUAGGGUAUUCCGUCAACUCGACCGAAUCGCUGGUCAAAGACUCCCCAUAUGCGGUGAACUGGACGCACCGCUACGACCCCCACGUCAUGAGAUGCGUGCACCACGAGACGCGGUACACGGUGUUGUGGAACUACACAGAGCCCAGUUUCUCCGCCACGGCGACGAAGCGAGAGUUUCUCUCACCAGUCGUCGACACAAACUUCUCCCGCUUCGACGACGGUCUGACGAACGAGGACGACCCCCAACCAGUCGCGAACUUCGUCAGCCCCCGCACAAACGUCCAACUCUACAAGAAGACGGCCGCAUACCACGCAAUGGGCCAGAUGCUCCGCACUUUCCUGCGUGGCGAAGUCGGAAUGGAAGCCCCCCUGCCCGGCCCCUCGUACGCACAGCCCGAAUCAGACAUCACAAAGACACGCCUCGUCGAUAAGAGCAGCGAGCCAAAAGCCGACCUGCAAACGGAGCUGGAAGACUUCUACACGGAUAUGAUCCUCUCGCUGCUCUCGCUACCCACCAUGCUCGUCGUGCAGAACGACACGACACAGGUGGAUAGAACACGCUACCAACCAUCGUUCGUGUACGUGCCCGUAAGACUAUGGCAGUGCUACGUGCCUGUCAUUUUCAUCACGUUUCUGAUCCUGCUCUUUGGAUUCUGGACAAUCUGGGAAGACGGGACGACGUUCUCGACGGGCUUCUCGCGUAUUUUGGUGACUACGCGGAACACGACGCUGGAUGAUAUUAGUCGUGGGGCGUGUCUCGGGAACGAUCCUUUUCCGGUGGAACUCAUGCAUACGAAGCUGAAGUUUGGCGUGCUGGGUGAGGGAACCGAGAUGGACUACUUGGGUAUGGACAGCGUGCAGAGCGUGGGUCAUUGUGCGUUUGGGGUUGCGUCGGAAGUGGUGCCGAUCAAGAAAGGGGUGCCGUAUGCGGGGCUGCAGCGGAGGCGGAUACGACAGGAGGGGGGGAACGAGGAGUAGGGCUGGGUGUAGUCGUGCUCAAGAUGUACAUUGUAUGAUGAUGGAACGUUUUUAUACCCUGUUUGCGUCAGCAGUACGCAUUUUCUUGUAGCGGAGAUAAAAUCCGAGUAUUCGAUAUCUUUGAAUCAUAUAAUUUGUUCUGCCAUGCUU